GUAGUAGUAGUACUAGUAGUACUAUUCGCCCAUGGAUUGGCAACCAACCCCGCAUACCAUUCAAAGAAGAACGUGACAGUGUCGGCAUUUGCCGCCUGGAUAUACGCAUGCAGGCGCGGCGCGGGCGCGACCACGGCCAUGCCUUGGAGAAACUCGAACGCAAACACAAUAUCCACGACGAGCUCUCGGGUCAUGGGAUGGCUUGUGUCGUACGACGCCACCAACGGUACGAGCACGCCCGUGGUCCACGUUUGUUUUUCAUUCUGAUCCAUGAAUGGAACUAGCGCGGGUACGAGGGAUAGCAGCGCCGGCGUGCGGUCGCCGGCUAGCAACAUGCGGCGAAGGGCGUGGCGGAUCGAUGGCUGGGCCGUCCACGGCUCGCCAUGUUGACCAUCUUCAAGAAGAUCUUGGCCGCGGCGGAAGCGCUCGACGGCAUGCAGCAUGGCCACAAGCGCAUUGGAAUGGUACUGGGUAUCGUUGUUGUGUGAGUUGGCAUUGUGGCUAGUGUCACCUUGAACAAUCCAUUCGCUUGAGAGCUGGUCCACGAGGCUCACGUCAGCGUAAAACAGAUCGAGCACGCUAAACCCUGUCGCAUGAAUUUGGUCGGUCGUGUACCCGCGAUGGCGGACCAGCACAGCGUGCAUCAUCUCUAGCAGCAACUGACCACCACCCGAUUCCACGGCUUGGUUCAGCUCUUCCGAAUACGCCAAUAAGGUCGUGGCGGCGACGAGUUUCUCAUCCAAGUCGUUCAAAUCCCCACGGGCACUUGGUGGCAGCACAGAAACCAACCCCGUGGACGUGAUGAACCGGAUAAAAUGACGGUAUCGCGUACAUUUCUCAUGUAGUUGGUACUUGAUCAGGUGCGGCGCCAGCGACGACGUGUCCUCCCCCCCCCGUCCUCCCCAGUGGAGCCCCGUCGCAGGUUUGGCAUCGACAAUCUCGAGGCCGACGUCGACCACCGCCUGGGCUAGCCGGUCCCCGCCAGGGGGACAGUUGAUCUUGACGGUAGAUGCAUUGUGGACGGCGGCGGUGACGUCGAAUUGCUGGAAGUGAUUCAGUACAAGCAUCUUGCACUCGGCCAAACUGCGAUGCUGUUGCGAAUAAUCGAGCCACACACGAGGGUUGAUGUCGGAAGUAGGCGAUACUUUGUAUCGUUUGGGGUCGGGAGCGUUGUCCUCGGCGGCGGCUGGCGGCGAUGGCGCGCGAUGUGUCCACUCGAACGACCGGAGCUGCCGCACCGAUCCCGUCGACAUGUACAGCAGCGACUGAUGCAGUACCCCGACGCCCGUGGACACGGACACAACCGGCAUCGCAUGGACAUGGAGCGGCAAGUGUGGAAGCCGCGGCACGGAGAUGGCAAACACGACCGACGGCGUCACCACGUACAGGCUUUGGUCGUCCACGGGCACGCUUUGGACGCCGUCGAACGAGGCCACGGCGCCGAUGCGGGCGGACCGACGGUACCGCGGCGGGUCCGCCAUGGACGCGGUAAACUCAAACAAGUACAGCACGACCCCGUUGUUGUCGUUGGCGCCAGUUUGAAAGCCCACAAGCACAGACACAUGGCUGGGUGUGACCAACGGAAUGGACAAACAGCGCGCGUACACCAAGAUGCUGUUGGCUUCGUGCUGGGCAAAGUACUCCAUGAAAAACCCACACAGCUGAAAUGUCCACUGUGGUUCGUACGUCGCGCCUUCGUCCGUACUAGUACUAUAUCGCAGCGCACUGCGCGUUAACGUCGAGUCCACGUGCAGUACGAGCAGUUCCGACGACGUGGGGAUGACCUGUGUGACCAGGAUCGGCGACGGCGUCGAGGACGUGAGGAAGCGCGAGAUGACGUGCGACCACAGGUUGGGCUGACGCGAGCGCAGCUUGGACACGCGCAACGAUGAUCGAUCGUCGUCGUCGAGUUUGAUCUCCCACAAGGUUUGCGUGGACGUGGCCGCGAUGACGGGAAACGCAGCGGGCGACGCGUGGCGGACGGUCUCGGACGGGUCGUCGAAGCGCAGCCGCGUGACGACAGGAACGUCGUGGCUGCUGCUGCGACUGAUAUCGUCCCAGAAGCAAACGCGGCCAUCUACGGUGAUCACCAACGCACAAAUCUGGGUCGCGUUGUGGAACGACGUGGCGGCGACGACGACGUGGUGCUUGCCGCCGUCGUGCAACGGCAGCAUUUCGGGCGGAUACGGCAGGGUUGUCAAGGUCGGCAAGUGCAUCGCGGGACUAUCCUUGCCGUCGAUCGCACGGUGCACGAGAUGCGAGUUCCAUAGCACCAAGUGGGUCGGCCCCAUGACGGCGAAGAACCCGAGCUCGUGGCCAGGCAAAUGCACGCGAUGAAACGUGGCAUGACCUUGGCGAGCAUGUUCCAAGAAUGCACGGGCAUCUCCGUCAGAGUCGUCUAGGUUCUGGAGGAUAUGGUGGGCGUGUGACGAGUCUUCCGACAACACGGUGAGGUCGAUCGAUGCCGACCGAUGUCUGCGUGGAGACAACGGCGAUGUAUGCACCGACACCGUUCGUUUCUUCUCCACCAACGGAGGAGGAGGUGAAGAAGAACGAGCCUGGUGAUUCGUUGAUCCAGCAUGGAAGUGCGUCGAGUUCUUCCGACUAGAUGAGGAGACCUUCGGGCCUGGAACCGCGGACGCGCUUUGUUGCCGCCGCCCAAACAUAUCGUGGUGGUGGGACUUUUG